AGACAAUUUAGUUUGGUUUCGACUGUUCUAGGUUCAUCAUCCUCAAGUUGGGUUUCUGAUACUUUGCUGCUCUGAAGCGGUAGUUUAGAUUCAAGAUGGCGCACAUUGAGCACAACUUCAAUGAGCUGAUCAACGAGGCCAACCGUGAUCGCCCCGAUCAGACCAAGGCAUUCGGGAAUUUAUUCAGUCUGGUUGUUUUCCUUAAGCUGCAUUGAUGCUCGACUUCGGUUGAUUUGUAGAUCACUUGGUUUGUUAGCGUUACAGUUUUAGGUUGUAUUGGAUAUGAUUGAGAAGUGAUCUUCCUUUCUUUUCAUGCAUUUUGCUUAGGUGCGCACGGUGAAGCAAAUUAUCCAGACCCAGUUCGGCGUUUUGGUUUCCGCUAUGGGAGAACGCGAGAUCAAUGACAUUGAGCGGUUUUGUAUGUCUGGAUCUCUCCACGAGCGUCCGAUUCCGUCCGGUGAGAAUUGCAUGGCUUGCGUUCUCAAGGAUGCUACUUGUGUCACUCUUUUGGGCGGGUAUAUCCCGCCGGUUGAGGCUGUCCCGGAAAUUCCGGCUGUUGAAGAUGGAGGUGAGGCGAUUCCUGGCGUGCAAGGACGCCCGGCGACCAUCGAGAUGAGUGCCGUUUUGACUGCUCAUCGCAUCAACAGCGACUUGCUGCAGGCACUUAUUUUUGCGAUUUAGUGACUAUAGAUGGACAUUGUUUUCUUUCUUUUGUUUCUUAAGUAUUAUCUUUGUUUGCUCACUUUCUUGCUAGAAAUGCGUUUCAUCUUGUUUAGGCUUUGUAAAGGUCCUCUAUAUUUCUUUCAUCGUCUCCAAUCUUUAGAUUUUCGCGUCUAAGACGUUGUCGGGUUGCGAUAAUACCAUCAAGAAAGCCGCCACUGUCGAAGUUUACAGUCGUAACAUUGCGCGCUUGGCCGGAAAUCAACUGAUCGGAGGAAUGGACUACUAUGCUCGCAUUUUGGCCUUCUUCCAGAUGAGCUUCACUGAGGCGAUUGAGGGAUACGUUGACAGGUUCUGGAGUUAUUAA